UAGCCAGUGAAUAGUGGCUUACGGAGAGCGAUGCUUGUCUGCCGGGUCGUUUUUGCCGCUAAAAUUUUCCGAUUUCCCGCGCUAAAGUCCACGUGGUUUAGUGAUGCGGAAAUUCAACUAUUUUUAUUCGAUAUUUAAAUUAUAUUGUGGACUUUGAGGACUGUAUAGUCGUGCUAUAAUUUAUUGUGAAAGUUAAUGCUUGAAGACCACAUGUACUCAUCUUCGACGAAAGCGGCCUGCUGGCUGGCUACAUUCCUCAGCGUCUUUGUUACUGGUGAAAUGCCAAUUCAAGCUGAGGUUGAACCGGAAUUUCUACAGGCAUUGGAAAAUCACACAGUCACACAGGGUCGGGAUGUGCACUUCACGUGUGUUGUCAAUCACCUAUCACAUUACCGGGUGGCGUGGUUAAAAUCUGAUUCGAAGGCAAUCCUCGCUAUUCAUACAAAAAUGGUGGCUUUAAACCCACGACUGUCAGUCACAUAUAACAAUCACAACACGUGGAAAUUGCACGUCAGCAAUGUGCAGGCGAACGAUUCAGGCACUUAUAUGUGCCAGGUCAACACAGACCCAAUGAAAAGCCAGAUGGGUUAUCUAGCAGUGCUGAUCCCACCAGAUAUAGUAGACAGUGCGGCUGAAGGCAGCUCAGCAAGAGAAGGUGGAAAUAUUCGUCUAACCUGCACGGCUACCGGUGUACCCGCGCCCACUGUCAUGUGGAGGAGAGAACAUAACCAACCUAUCGUCUUUAGACACGACGGAGGAAGGGAGAAAAAAGUCGUAGAGAUCCACAAAGGCGAAAGUCUUGAGCUGGCUCACGUGCAGCGCACUGACAUGGGUGCAUAUUACUGCAUUGCCAGCAACGGGGUACCGCCCACCGUCAGCCGCCGGUAUCACGUGCAAGUACAUUUUAUACCACAAGUAAAAGCUGCGCUACAAUUAGUGGGGGCACCGCUUCGCAGUGACGUAGAACUGCAGUGUUAUAUUGAAGCCUCUCCGAAAGCUAUGAACUCCUGGUACCGGGAAGAUGCGUUGGUGAGCGAUAAACUGCUCGAGAAUCCAAAGUUCCGUAUAGUGGAGCGCUCGGUGAACGAGUAUUCUUUAUGGAUGAACCUGACUAUAAAAUCGCUGGCUUUCGGCGAUUUUGGCACUUACGUGUGCGCCUCAGUCAACGCGCUCGGAAAGAUGGAGAGUCAAGUUAGCUUACACAAAAUCGACGUGAAUCUAAACGGCCCAGGGGAUGUACCAUUGGUAUCUGGGGCUGCGUGGCAGCGCGCGAGAAAUUUACCAGCCCGAGCACGCGCGUCCCCGUCACAUUACAUCACACAGCACCUCGCCCAAAUACACGCCAUAUUACUGACAACUUUAAGAUAUAUGUAUAAUGACUUUACUUAGAUGUCAAACGCGUAAUUCAAAAAUCGAACAGAACUUCUUUGAAUUGGGUGAAAUCCUCUAUUGUUAUUGGAAUCAACCCAUAGUUUCUACAGAAUAGCAAAACUAAAUAUAGCACAGAUUAACUAAAGUCAUCUCUCGUAUAUACAGCGUAAACAGAAUUGGGCAGGAAGAGAUGAAAGAUUACUUUAGUUAGUGCAAUUUAGUUUUUAUCUCAAGAUAGUCUCGUCUUGACAGCUGUCAAAUAUGUCAAACUUCAUACAGAAAUGAUGAUUGACAGUUCCUGAAAGAUUUUAAUUUGGAAUGGAAAACAAAAUAAAAAUAGAAUAUAAAAUCAUUCCAAAAUUGAA